GGUCUCAGUUUCUGUGUUCCCACAAAAAAGUAAGCAACAGAAAUCUCAGCGUAGAGCAUACAGACGUCAAUAGCUUGUUACUAAGAGAUUGUCGUAUUUUUGGGCCAAGCCUGUUGACUAUCUAAUGGAGUAAAAAUACAUUAAGCGAACAAGAAAAAUAUUGGCCGUUUUUAUUUGGGAUUUCGAGGUAUUUGCACUGGCUUGAUGCUUGGUGGAUGGCAGGCAAACUGUGUUGUGAUGAUGUAGGUUGCUGCUCAAGAUCAUCAGGUAGCAAGAAGUCUACAACUAGUGAGCGAACUUAUCUACUUCGCUAGUCAGUCAGGUAGCCGGGAAUUUUUUUUGCAUGGCUAGGGCUACGUAUUAUCCACAAUCAGUAGUCUUUAACCAACAAUUUGACUAUCAUGCCGUUCCUCAAAUUAACUGGGAAAGAACCCCUAAACAAAAUAUUGGACCGAAUGGCGCAGAAGAAUGGCAUGCGGCACACAAUUUAUUUGACCAACGGAGAUAAAUACACUGGAGAAUGGCUGAACGACAAGAAACACGGAAAAGGUACCGAAGUUUACAAAAAGACUGGAGCCAUUUAUGAUGGCGAGUGGAAAUACGGAAAACGCAAUGGUUUUGGGACAUUCAGUGUGAAACUACCUGGAUCUGAAGAAUACACAAAGGUUUACUCAGGAGGAUGGAAAAACAACAAGAAGGACGGAAAUGGAACUUACUUUUACAGUGAAUCCGUCUAUUAUGAGGGGGAGUGGUGCAAUGGCAAGAGGAGUGGUUGGGGCAGGAUGUAUUAUGAGAAUGGAGACAUAUAUGAAGGGGAGUGGCUGGAAAAUAACCACAAUGGCCAGGGAAUUUUAUGGCUUGCUGGAGGUCACAGGUAUGAAGGCACCUGGAAGGAUGGGAAGAAGCAUGGCCCAGGGAAGUUCUUUUUCCCAGACAAAGGUCAGCUUUACGAAGGGGUGUGGGCACAGGACAUUGCCAAGUGUGGAAUACUGCUAGACUCUGGGAGAAAGGAAGCCUCAAAGCCAACAACCUACCCCAUUCCAAAGGUUUACCUGGAGGAUGUUCAUUCUGUUCUGAUGGAAGCACAGAAUUGUCUGAAAGACAAUGCAUCUUUGGGAGACUAGGACAAUAGCUAAAUAAAUAAUCAAUAAAUAAAGAAGAUUGAGACUGCUUUCUUGGCGGACCAUACCAGGAA